ACCAAUUCCCGUAUGUACUACCGAUAUUUAGGCGGCUUUCCGUUCAAACAGCAGCACAAGGCAGUUGCUUCAUAAAAUAUGGACGUCGAGACGACAAGACGCCAACGAAUGGCCGAACGACGGAAAGCAAGAAUACAAGAGGUUCGUCGUCAAGAAAAGCAGCUUGCAUCUUUAGUUAGAGAAAACUAUCAACAGAGUUUUGAACGAGAGAGGGAGAUUAUUGCAGCUCAUCUUAAGGCCGAUCAUUUGCAAGGGGAAGAAAUGAAGUAUCAAGCAGCUAAACAAGCAUAUCAACAGGCUCUUGUGGAUUUAGGGCGUUCACAUAAUUUAGCAAUUCUCACUAAUAUUGAACAGGCAAACAGUGGCAGAAUAAGGAAGCUAAUGGAAGGAAGAAAAAGAGCUGAAGAAAGACAUGCAAUUGCUCUUGAAAAUCUUCGAAAGCAGAGACAACAAGCAAAUCAGAGUGAGCAAGAGAAAUGUCAAAGAAGGAAGAAGGUACAACUUGUAGAAAAUAUGAGGUCAAUGAAAGUGACAGCAAAACCACCACCGCCACAAGACAUCAUACUGAAUCUUGCUGUCGGCAGAGGGCGUCGUGUACGUCUCACCAAUGUUGAAGGCUACUCUGCUACAUAUUAUCACUUGAAUGGGGAAAGAGCACACAAAGAGACACCAGACAAACAGGGAAAUGCAUUUGUGGCAGCUGAUCAAGUGGAAGAUUUGGUGAAUCAAAAGAAAGAGGCGACUGCAAGAGAACAACAAGAGAGGGAUGAAAAGGCUAGGUUACGACAUCACCAUGCAUGCAAAGAGAUGAGACUGAAGAGGGAUUAUAGCGAAAUGAUGGAUGAGUUGGCUGUCUUAGAACGAGGAGAUCGUCUGCACAGGCAGAAAAUGCUUCAGAGAUUGCCUAAGAGAGUGUUUGUUCCUCCUCACAGACGGAUGGAGGAAGCUGCUGAAAUGCAACGAGAAAUGGAGAGAGCUUUUGAAGAGAUUGCUAUUCAAGAAGAGUGUUCAAGUGAGCUGAAUAGAAGCCUGGAUGGACAAAGGCAGAGUCCUGUGCUUUUUGUUGGCCCCUCUGCUGCUGUAACCUCAGCAGCUAAACCUUCUGUUGAAUCAACCACAGAACCUGACAGCAGCAAGGAAAAACCUUCUGAUCAUGAAACCGAGGGCGACACACCUGCUGAGAUUGAAACACCUACUAGUAGUAAACUGGAAGGCACAUCAGAUCAAGAUUACAAUCCCAUGCAGAAGCUGUUGGAACGUGUUAAAGCACAGCGUCAGGCAUGGACCAACUACUACCAACAGAGAAGGACAGCAACAAGUAUUCCAACAACAUCAAGUGAAAGUAGUGUGAAUGAGAAUGAGGAGAAGGAGGAAGAGGACAUGGUAGAGGAAAAGGAUGAAGAGGAGGUCGAGACUGAGGAACAGGAUGAUGAUGAUGAUGGCGAGCAACACACAGAAGAAACAGAGGAAGAGGAGGACAUGCUGACAACUGCCUGCGAAGAGGAUGAUGACAAACACGAACUAUCAGUAGAUUACUCAAAGGGGCAGUUUGCUAGUCUUGCUAUGCCAAAGAAAGAACUCUGCAGCAAUCACACUGAGGGUCUGGCACUUGACAAUGCAGUACAGCCAGUCUUUGUGAAGCAUGAGGAUGUUGUAAUGAAGUCAGUCACUACAGACAGGGCAAAGAGUGAUGGUAGCAACCAACAUGUUCCAGUCUCAUUAUCUGUUGAAUCUGUUGAUAAAGAAAUUGACUUGCAGUCAGUAAGCUACAUCUCACCAGAUGACCUACUUCAACACAUCCACAAGCAAAGAAAACAAUAUGAAGAUCAACGUGCUUUAAUGAUGUCACAAUAUACAUUUAUAACAGACCCGUCAUCUAGACUUGAUAAAUCUUCAACAGGAACAACUGAAGUUUUAUCCUCUUCUUGCCAAGAAUUCCCUGUUCUCUCACAUCAUAACAUCCCUCUUGUUUCUGUGGCCGGCUCUGUUUCGCAGGGUGAUUAUUUGUCUAUUUCCAGUGCUAUGUCUUGCUCUCCAAUGUCAAGGGAAGUCACUGCAACUUUGCCACUUCAUAUGACAUCAUUGUAUGACAGUCAUGUUGUUGCUGCACCUGUAGUAAAGCAUUCACCCUUGCAGGAACAUUCAGUGGAUGGAGACAGCAUCUCACACUCUAUAGAUGGGAGUUUAAAGACCAUGUCAACAGGUGACCAACAAGCAAUCAAUACACAUUUGUAUGAUUGCAAUGGUGUAACUACUCUCUCAACAUUAGCAAAGGUUUCCAGUGGUGAACUGCCAGAUUUACCAUGCUACAAGCAGUGUGGAGAAGAGAAAAAUGUUGAUGUGAGGUUUGCUGGUGAGGAAGGCCAGCAGUUGUCUCAUGCAGGUCAAUUAACUUCAGGGACUGAAAGUCAAAGUGCUCUGUCAUCAUUUGCAUUAGAUCAACGUAGUAGUUAUCAGCAAUUUUCUCAAGAGCAAGAGCUUGUAGCUUUAUCUUCUUCUCGUGCAUCGUCUCUAACAUUAGAGAAUGCUUCCCAAUCUCAAUCACAAGGUUCAGCAGCUAUCUUGUUGGAUGACGAUGGACUAGAAGAACAGGUCCACAUGCCUCCUGCUAUUUUGCUGCCAUCCAGUAGCUGUCAUUCACCACUCAGCAGUGACAGACACUCACUAUUUAGCAGCAACAGUGGCAGCCUAAUUGAUUUAAGUCGUUGUGUAGACAUUGCUCAAGCAUUUCAAGAACCACAAGAUGAGAGACUUGUGGCAUGUAUGCAAGAAACAGAUGAUAUGUGGCUGCAAGAAGAAGCAGCUAUGGAUCUAUCUACAGUUAAUUCAACACGAAGUUAUUCUUGCCAGCAGCAACCAUGGGCUUUUUACCUGAGAACAGGUAUUGACCCACCUCAGUUAGAAAACAGCAAUUUGAGUAGCCAAUUGUUUUCUGAACCCGGAUCUUUUUCUGAUCAUUCAUUGCCUGACUUCCUUCAAGGAUCUGCGGAUGUCUUUUCUAAUGGUCAGUUGCACCAAUCCAAAACACCAAGGGAAGAGGCUUUAAAAAGACCUUGUGCAUAUAGUCUUCAGACAGAGCCAGACUUGUCCCUUCUUCAAUCAGGUGGUAGGAAUCAGGGGAUGGCAGGAGAACACAGUCAUUCUUUGUCGUCAGGGAGUCAAGGAGAGGACAUACAUAACCUGCACAAAGGAGUUUCACUGCAAGAAGCAUUUGCAAGACGUAAAAAGUCUUUUGUUGAAGCAUCUCAAGCCAGACAGCAGCAAAUACAAGCAAAAUCUAGAGAACGAGAAAAACAAUGUGUGAAGACAAGCAUGGGAAAGGUGACCAGCACUCCACUCAGGUCAAUUUCAAAUUCAACCAUGACCAAGAAAAUGCAGAAAUCCUGUACAUCCAGUCUUCUUACAAAGAAAACACCAGCUUUACUUCAAGACAAGAAAGCACUGCAGAAAGAACAUAGUCAAAGAAAUAGAAGAUUGUAUGAGAAAUUACCAGAAGUUCAGCAAAAGCGCCAAGAAGAAAGCAGGCAAGCUUUCUAUGCUGCAAACCAAAGCAAGGCAAAGCUUUACAGUCAGCGUUUACGUGUACAGAAACAGAAGAAUCAAGGUAGGAUAUCUGGCUCUAUAGACUACUUGGGUACUGAAAUUAAUUAGUUUAAACUAUGUCGUUUUGCAGAAUAGUGCAUUGGAUUUUGCUCUUGUAUGUGGGCAGACGGAUAGUCCUUAGACAAGGAAUUCUUGUCUUAGAAUUUGUAUAGUCAAUGCUGAUAUACCAUUGGCGAUUCACUUUAUAUUGUACAUUGUGUAUUAUGGUUGAUUUCACAGACUAUUUUCUAGUAAAUGGAAAUUUACCUGUAGUCCUAA